GCUAGAACGCACGGCUCGUCAUUACAACCGGCACACGGGGGGGCAGGAGACAGGGUGGGGCACGGGAUCGUCAAAGACAAGCAAGGAGACAGUCAUCCGACGUAGUCCUCUUUGUGUAAAAAAAGCAGAAUCAGACAGAAAGCAGCAGAAAAACGACAAAAGCAGCUGAAAUUGAGGGCUAAAAGGGGAACAUCAUGGCGCUCAUUCCCUCUCAGGUUCUUCGUAUCGCCAUCCUUCUGUCCUACUUCUCCAUCCUCUGCCACUACAAGGCUCUGGACAUGCCGGCUCACCAAACCUAUGGAGGCAGCUGGAAGUUUCUGACCUUCAUCGACCUGGUGAUCCAGGCGGUGUUUUUCUCCUUGUGUGUGCUGAUUGACAUCUCCAGUUUGUUGACGAAAGGAGGAGACAACGGUGAGCAGGAGAGGCAGUUAAGGAAGCUGAUUGGCCUCAGGGAUUGGUUGAUGGCCGUCCUGGCGUUUCCCGUUGGAGCGUUUGUGGUGUUCACCUUCUGGAGUCUCUACCUGUACGACCGAGAGCUAAUCUACCCCAAGCUACUCGACAACUUCGUCCCUCAGUGGCUCAACCAUGGCAUGCAUACUACAGUGUUGCCCUUCAUCAUCAUCGAGAUGCGGACCACCCACCAUCGCUACCCGGGAAGAUCAUGUGGUCUUGCGGCCGUGGGCUGCUUCGGCGUGGGCUACAUCCUCUGGACUUGCUGGGUCCACCAUGUGACUGGCGUUUGGGUCUACCCGGUCUUGGAGCACAUCACGCCGCUGGCCCGCGUCCUCUUCUUCAGUGUCCUCACCGCCGUUAUUUGCGUCUUCUAUGUCCUCGGAGAGAUCCUCAACAGCUACGUCUGGUCCCAGCCACACACGGAAAAGGUCAAAGGUGAGUGAAACUUCUGGAGUGCAGGUGGGCAUCGCAGUAGGGCUCUGCAGCACAUGUGGGGACGGGUCAAGCCCCGCCCACCUGGACAGCACAAGGACACCCUCGGUGGAUUUGCAAGAUGCUGUUACCUUUCACCUUCUUCCACAAACGUGAGGGACAUGUCAACAAACUAAAUGGUGGCGGACAUUUGCCUUUUCUCUUCUUAACGUGCAAUAGACAAGUCUCAAAUGGAAUACUUCCAUCAGUACCCUUGGGUAAGUAUACUGUGUACACAGUGUACACUGUGGACGUAGUUCCUGAGUGUGAGAUUUGCUGUCCCGAAUCCAUGACUGUCAUUGCACACUGACGGGAAGUGGCCAUCGGAAUGCUUUGGUUUGUCUUGAGUGCAUACAUGUACAAUUGUGUACUUAACACUUAGUCUUUUCAGUGCAUAAAUGCAUUCACACUUAAGAACGCAAAAUGCAGUAUGAGCGGGAAAAUUCAAAAGUAGGAGGGACCCUAUGUGAUUUUUUUUUUUUUUUCACAAGUCCCCGAAUUUCUGGCAGCACUCCUCCCUGAUUGUCAGUACACAGAUGGUGCACUCAAAAUACUCAAAUUGCAGCGAUAGACACUUGGCACCCUCAGUAGUCGCCAUCUUGUCUGGGUAACGCAAGGGGAGGGACUAACUGGACUAGUUUCAAUUCACAUUAAAAUGUGAACUAAGUAUGCAGUCUACACGGUACACUCGUUUCCAUUUGAGACACAGCCUUUGUCUGUGGCACUCAUGUCUGUGGCUUCUUUACCAUACCAGAUACCUUCUUGGUCUUACUCAACUUCAGGGAAGGUCUUAGGUCAAAGUUCACUAGUAAGGUCAAAUUUGCAACAAACCACAUUGAGUCAUACGUCACAUUAUUGACCUGGAUGAGGGAUUUUCAAAUGUCAUUAUUGCUGUCCUCCUUAUUCCUUCUAGUAUUCUUGUGAUUAUUCCUCAUGUAAUGCUGCACAGACUACAAACUUUGUUUAAAGUGACAACACAAGGAAUGACAAGGAAACAAACAUGAUGAACUCCGCACAUAAACAAUAUUUAUCUGAUCACAACUGGUCAGCUUUUGAUAUUUAUGGAAGCUUUUACCAAACGGGUCAACAUCAACUUUCUUGGAACAAUACACAUAAAUAAAGUUGCUUUGUGUUAAGUUGAA